AUGAGAAACAGAGCUAGUAACACGUUGUCGAAAGGAAAAAUCCGUCAAUCAUGGAGCAAAUACAACCUGUAUAAUUUGCAGCGAUUCCGCAGCCCCCCUACCAUCAAUCGUACAUUCUUCCAGCAAAAGUGGUCCGCUAAGGCUGCAUCCCGUGCCUAUCACGGCGAGCAAGUCCGUGAGGGACAAUGGAAACGCAUGUUCAACCAUCGCAUUCGCAGUGUUAUCCCCAUGAAUGCCGCCGAUUUGGCUGCCGAUGACGGUUCCCUGAUCUCCUCUGGUCGUGGUUCAGGACUUGGUAAGGAUGGAAAGAUUUACCCAGCGCGUCCUACACCUUACAGCCACAUGACCUUUGCGCCCCUGGAGCGCCGGUUGGAUGUGGCCAUUUUCCGAGCUCUGUUUGCUAGCAGCGCCAGACAGGCGAGACAGUUUGUCAUCCACGGAGCGGUUACUGUUAAUGGGCAAAAGAUGAAACACCCUAGCUACCUCCUUAACCCCGGUGACCUCUUCCAGGUCGAUCCAGAUCGCGUUUUGUACGCUACUGGUCACACUAAGAGUCCGUUCGAGCGACGUCAGGGCCGAUUGAUUCGGAGAAAGGCCAAGGCACAGAGGUCACAGGAAGGGGAAGCCGAGGCCGCACCAGAGGUUAAGGAGUCAAAGGAGCCCGCAAAGGAAGAUACCGAGGAUACUCCGAAGGAAGAUACUAAAGAGACUCUUAAGGCUCUACUAGCUCAAGCCAAGGCUGUCAUGUCUGCCGGCAAGGAGACACUCGCGCCCCAGCGCAAACAGGAGCUCCGCGGCUUCCAACGAGCUGUUCGCCGCGUGUUGUCUCGCUCUGAGUCCAGCGUCAUCCUCGCAGACAGCCUGGAGGCCCAAUUCUCCCAGCUGACCACGCUGCUCAAGGCCAAGCGGGCUGAGAAGCCAGCUAAGAAGGAGGCGAAGCCCCGCCCAGAAGAUGCCUUUGCAUCCGACAACGGACAUACAGAUAUGGCUUCCGCCAAGCGAGAUACAGAAGUCGAAGUCAGCGAUAAGCUCUCCGAGGCCUUUGCACAGGCAACACUGGGUGAAGAUGUUGAUUCUUCAGAGCUCAGCGACGAAGAGUUCGAGACGCUUCAGCGGGCUCUCACUCAAAUGCGCGACAACCCUCUCGACAAUUCCAAGACCUACUCCACCCCCUGGCAGCCGCGUCAAUACAUGUCUGCAUUUGCCUUCAUCCCGCGCUACCUCGAGGUCAACCAGAACAUUUGUGCAGCUGUGUACCUGCGCCACCCCGUGGCCCGCCCCGGUUCCGCUGAGGUUCCCACUCCCUUUGGCGAGUCCAUUGCCACUCCGGCUUAUGGCUGGUACCUCAGGAGACGGUGGUAG